UGAAUCAUGGCAUGUUCUCUGAAGGUGCCGACAUUGAUCGGAGCGAUGAUGAAUUACUGCGAGAGCACGAGGAUCAGAAACCCCGUUAUUCUUUCUGGGUGUGCCGACUACCUGGCAAAGAACGCCAGGAGUCUUCCAGCGGGAGCGAUCGUGUCGAUUUUCGUACCAUUCGGUAGCCUCUACUUCCGGCCUCCAGAGCCGAUAUCCGGCCGAUUUUGGAAGUCCUUGGAGGACGCGGUGGCGUAUAGGUUCCUUCAGCUGAAGCCGAACGAGGCGUUGGACGUUUUGCUGGCCUUUAUCCACCUAGAACGAUACCCGGUUAGGUUCGCCGAAAAGGUCUUCAGGGCCGGUUUUCUCGACCGGCUUUUCCACAGGCGGAACCUCCGCUCGCUCGACGCUUCCAAGACGAAAUUGAGGCUUUUUGACGCCGCCAUGACACUCGAAUGCCCGCAGUACGCCGGCCCGAUGAUCCCAAGAGAAGAGAGGCCCGGAAACCCGGACUGCCGGGACGCGAGGCUCAAGAGAAUCGUCAACCGGAUUCAUCCCCAUCUCGUCAAGCUCGCGGGCCGCCAUUACAUCGUCAGCAAGACUAUUUUCCUGGGCCAGCUACCCAGCGUCGAGUUCUACGCGAUCGACGCCUUUAUUUAUCCCAGAUUUGGGCCUUCUCCGAGCCAGGCUUUCAGCUUGGAAAAACAGCACAGGAACCUCAGCAUCGCCGUCCUUGUUCACCUCCCCGAACACUUUUGCCGCAACAGUUCGCAGCUUAUGGGACCUCAAGUCACGAGGAAAAGGCACUUCCGAAAACUUGGGCUUCGCGUUAUGUCACUCGAUUUUCAGACUCUCGAGAAAAUUAUUGCGGAACCAUUCGCUGUCGCUCGAUACCUCGAGGAAAGGUUUCUCGCCACCGAAGAGGGAAUGUAGCAACCUGGUACAGCGUCGAUUUGGUUAUACAUAAUAUCCUGAUCUUAAUUCAGUGGACGCAAGUGCCUUGAUAGUUUCUCUCUGAUGCUUUUCAUUAACAGUUCGCAAAGCUGUUGCACGCCACUAGUCUAAACAAGUAUACGAAUACUCAUUCGACUUUCACAAAACUCGGAUCCCGUGUUCUGUUUGAGAAUUUUAUAAUUCAAAUGAGAAUUCACGAGUAGGGAUCGAAAAAAUCCCAAGGCCGCCAUGUCUGAUUUCUUUUUAACCCCAGACGAGAAAUCCGGUAGCUCAAAUAAUUUCUCCUGAACUUGACUCCCAGAGAAAAGUAUCGAUGUCUUAUUUACUUUUUCAAUAAAAUGGAAAGCAUUUCAUU